AUUAAUAUUGAAGCUUGAAACGCCCUUAUAUUGACAGAGUAGACUUAGAUUUGUUGUCACCCUAGCUCUCAGCGCAUGCAGAAAGUAAUUAACAAUAGAAUUCAAGCAGCAUGAUAUGCUCAAAACAUGAAUUAAUUAUGUAUUAUGUAUAUCUAUCUCACAUUAGCAACACCUCAUAUAGCAAAACCUCCCCUUCCAUACUAUAAAGGUGUUUAAGAGGGGCCGGGGAAGUGGGAAGGAUUGAAUUGAUGCAUUAUUUGUUGUUAAUAAUGUGAUCUAAUAAGGAUUUGUCACGAAAUAUAAAAGACAAGAAUAGAUCUACCGGGCGUUGAAAAUUGGGCAGCUCAAUGUUUAGCAACCACAUCAUUUUAGGGCCCGUUGGCCAGUAACCUUUAAAUGCCUGGUCCUUGGUCUUGGGUCAGUCAAUUAUCAGUCCCUGCAAAAGCUAUCAGCCUAUGCCCUAUAAAAUUAAUUUGUCAUUCCAAGUUAAUGCUCCCAGCCCACGACAACCUUUUUCCUUGUCAUCAGCGUUUGACAUCCUUUUUCCUUGUCUUCACCGAACACCUAUUUGAGUUUGGGAGUGUUUGUUUUUCUUUUCAGAGUUAGGUUGGAACCUGGAAGUCAACCAAGGAGAAAGAACGCAGACUAAGUGAAGAUGGAGUCACCAUUCAAAGCAGAUAUAUUAAAAGGCAAGGUAGCUUUGGUGACAGGAGGAGGCUCAGGAAUCGGCUACGAGAUUUCAUUGCAACUUGGGAAACAUGGUGCCUCUGUUGCCAUCAUGGGACGACGCAAACAUGUUCUUGACUCUGCUGUUGCUGCUCUUCAUUCCCAUGGCAUCCCUGCUAUUGGGCUUCAUGGAGAUGUUAGAAAGGAGGAUGAUGCAGCUAGAACUGUGGAAUCAACCUUUAAGCAUUUUGGCAGGCUUGACAUCCUUGUGAAUGCUGCAGCUGGCAAUUUCCUUGUGCCUGCUGAGGAUUUAUCUCCCAAUGGCUUUCGAACAGUGAUUGAUAUAGAUACUAUUGGCACUUUUAGAAUGUGCCGUGAGGCACUUAAGUAUCUUAAGAAAGGGGGACCUGGGAAGGACCCAUCCACUGGUGGAGCAAUAAUAAACAUAAGUGCAAUAUUACAAUUUGGAGCGUCAUGGUACCAAAUUCAUGCAUCUGCUGCCAAAGCAGCUGUUGAUAGUAUUACCAGAAGCUUGGCAUUGGAGUGGGGGGAAGAUCAUGACAUUCGAGUCAAUGGCAUUGCACCAGGGGCUAUUGAGGACACUGCUGGUGUUGUUAAACUUGCACCUGAGGAGAUGAUAAGCAAGGUUAAACAGAAACCUUUGUCAAAAUUUGGGGAGAAAUGGGAUAUUGCUAUGGCUGCUCUCUAUCUUGCAUCUGAAGCAGGGAAAUUUGUCAAUGGAACAAAUUUGGUUGUUGAUGGAGGACAAUGGCUGAGCAAACCCCGUUUUCUGUUGAAAGAUGAUGUGAAGCAACUGUCUAGAAGAGAGGAGAUAAGGUCUAGGGUUGCACCAACUGGGUUACCAAAGAGCAAGUUGUGAUAAAUUUGUAUGAUGUUUUGGCCGCUGAAGCCAUUCUAUUCAGGUUGGAUAUAAGUUACUUUGAAUAAAUGUUUAAUCUUGGUAAGAAUUUGCUUUUAUUUGCUGUGAAAACCCCGUGAUAAUAACACUUUUUAUCCCUUUCUUUUGCAACUGUAUGGACUAAAUGCUUCAGCGAUGGUUUGUCUUAUCUAGAAAAUUUAAA